AUGGCUUCCUGGCAGUCCUUUUCGGUCCCGUCGUUUCGGUUGACGCAACUUGCUCAAGAUGCAUACGAGGUACCUCUACAAACCCUCGCCAACACCCAUGAUUCGCACCCUUCGAUAGGGCAUCUUUGUCUCCUGGUGUUCGAAGCUGUUCUUGAAGUAGUAUGCGUCAGUUUGCCCGGAUACAUCGUCGCGCGACUCGGCCAUUUCGAUGCCGAGAAGCAAAAGUUCCUCGCCAACCUCAACGUGAUGCUAUUCACGCCAUGCCUGAUCUUUACAAAGCUCGCUUCUCAGCUGAACGCUGAGAAGCUUUCAGAUCUAGCCAUUAUUCCCAUCAUCUUCGUCAUCCAAACAUUUGUUUCCUGGGUUGUGUCCUAUGUCGUCGCAAAGUUGUUCCGAUUCAACAGGCGCGCAUCAAAUUUCGUCACAGCGAUGGGUGUUUUUGGAAACUCGAAUUCGUUGCCCAUUUCUCUCGUCCUUUCGCUCUCUCAAACAUUGAAGGGUUUGCACUGGGAUAAGGUUCCUGGAGACAAUGAUGAUGAGGUUGGCGCGCGCGGUAUCCUUUACCUCCUUAUCUUCCAGCAACUUGGUCAGCUCGUUCGAUGGAGCUGGGGUUACCACGUUCUCCUUGCACCUAAGGAAAAAUACCCAGAGUACCGCGAGGAGAUUGCCGAGGAAGGCCAACGCUACCGUGACGACGAAGACCACGAGGAACGCGAAACUGCGGCCUUGAUUGAUGGUCUUGAUGGAGAAACAGAGGACGAGGGAGACCGUCAAAGCAUUGAUUCCCAAAACUAUGAUCCCGCUGGUCGCACCCCUGUUGCGAAUGCUUCUCGUGUUUCGCUUGCGGUUUCCAGUGACGAUGAUCUGCCCAAGAAAUCUAUGCCAAAGGGAAAACAAGGGCAGACUGACAUCGCUGCUCCCCUCAAUGGUAAUGCUGGCAGUAUGGACUCUUUCCCGCGUGUUCCAUCGCUGGAGGAUGAGGAAGAGCCUACCGGCAUCACUGAAAGAACCAAGUCCGCUUUCAAGUCCCCUUUCAUUCGUCUUCACAAGGCGACAUCCAAGUCGCUUAGCAACUUGUACCAAAAGUCUCCCGCUCCUGUCAAGUCUACCUUGAAAUUCACCAAGCGCGUGGCUGGGAAGUUCAACAAUUUCAUCUGGGAAUUCAUGAACCCUCCGCUAUGGGCCAUGCUGAUUGCCAUCCUCGUUGCCUCUAUCCCAUCACUUCAGCGACUCUUCUUCGAAGAAGGCUCUUUCGUCCAGAACAGUGUAACCAACGCUAUUCGCUCAAGCGGAAAUGUCGCUGUGCCAUUGAUUCUGGUCGUUCUCGGUGCCAACCUUGCUCGCAACACCAUGGCUAAGGAUGAAGCUCUGGAUCCUGAAGAGGAGCGCAUCGGAACCAAGCUGCUGGUUGCCUCUCUGCUUUGCCGUAUGGUUCUUCCAACCGCUAUCAUGGCCCCCAUGCUUGCUCUUAUUGCGAAAUAUGUCAACGUUAGCAUUCUCGACGAUCCUAUUUUUGUUAUCGUUUGCUUCUUGCUUACUGGCGCACCCAGUGCGCUUCAGCUCGCUCAGAUCUGCCAAAUCAACAACGUCUUCGAGAAGACCAUGGGCAGAAUCCUGUUUCAAAGCUAUGUCAUUUGGAUCCUUCCCUCGACCCUGAUCCUGGUCAUGAUGGCCCUCGAAGUUGUCGAAUGGGCUCGAUGA